AUGGAAGCACAAACAGUUGCUAAAAUUGUCACCAAUGAAGUAAUCUGCAGAUUCGGGUGUCCUGUAACUAUACAUUCAGAUCAAGGGAGACAGUACGAGAGUUUUCUUUUUGCCGAGGUAUGCAAGCUUCUUCAGAUCCGGAAGACACGAACAACAUCAUAUCAUCCGCAGUCUGAUGGUAUGGUGGAACGUUUCAACAAAACACUGGCCACCAUGCUAAGUGCCUAUGUGGAUGAAAACCAUCGGGACUGGGAUGAAAGCCUUCCAUACGUGAUGAUGGCCUACAGAGCGUCUCAGCAUGAAUCCACUGGCUAUAGUCCAAACAUGCUCAUGUUAGGUAGGGAGGUCACGACCCCUCUAGAAAUCAUGUUUGAUAUGCCAUCCUCUUGGAAAGAAGUACCUAGGAAUGAAUGGGUAUGGAUCUUAAAAGAUCGGAUGGAAAGAGCACAUGCUUUGGUCAGACGCCAUGCAGAGGGCGCAAUGUUUAGACAGAAACAUUAUCACGAUAUGAAAAUGUCGUAUGAGAAAUUCAAAGAAGGGGAUAAAGUGGUGACUGAAGUCUGGUCAGUCGGCAGACAGCAGUACUCAAUUUACUGCAUUCCUACAAUCCAACUGAAAUUACGGGUAUUCAGAAUCGGCCUUCGAACAGUUGAUGAGACAGUGGUUGAUGCUGGAUAUAUGACUUUUCCUCAGCCCAUCAUUACCUGCUGGAGUGCUGGUAGAGGCUGA